AGUUUUUAUUUGUUUUAAUUAAUUUUAUAAAAUAUUUUGCAAUUAUUUUAUGUAAAUAUAAAACUGAUAAAAUGUCAGAAAAGUUUAAUGGUUUUAGCCAGGAUGAAAUAAAUAAAGUAUCUGGCAAAAAAUUAAAUAAGAAUGACGGAUUAAAGCAAGCAUUUCGUGGACCGCACACCGGCAUACGUCGAAUGCCAGAUAAGGUUACUAAGCCCACUAUUACAACUAAAAAACAACAACAAGCUUACAAGAAAACUACUUUAACAAAAAAUGAUGCAGAAAUCGAACAAAAUGAGGAUGUUGUCAACAUAAACAAUGUGGAAGAUGACACAGAUAAUAUUUCUGCAAUGCCCAAAAUCUCUAAGGAUAACAUGUUCUAUCCUAUAAUAAAGUCCGUAGCUGCUCUACAUAAAAGAGAAGCACUAAAUGGUGUUAAAAGUGAGUCUGCAUCACAUCCGAAUGAUUUGCCUGAUGAAAAUGUGAUAACGUCAACAUCCAACGCAGUUGAAAAUUGUUCUGAAACAACACCUCCUCUUGUUGUGGAGUCAGCAUUCAAAGGAGUGUCAUUAAAAGAUUUUGAAUCUCAUAGAAAAUUAAUUCAAGAACAAAAUAAUCAGAAAAAGGAAUUACUAAGAAAAGCUAUAGAACAACAUUCACAAAAAACUGCUGCAGAAACUAAAAAAAUAGAAGAAAUCAAAAGUGAGCUCUCAAAACUCGAUAAUGAUUUAGCUGUGGAUGUUGCAAUACUACGUAAACAAAUUGACAAUGCAUGUAUACAUUUUGCUAAUGUUGAAAAGCAGUAUAUAAAAAUUGAGGCUCAAUUUUUAAAAUCUAAAAUUGAUUUACAUAAUGCUGCAGAAAAAAAGGAAUUGCUUACGGAACAUCUGUGUACGGUGAUAGCACAUAAUGAAGAUCGCAAAGCACAAAAACUGUCAGAACUAAUGGAAAAAGUUGGUAUUACUCCAACUGGUGAAUAUGAGCCAACUUCAACCACUAAUGAUAUUGAUAAGUAAUUAGUAAUUACGAAUUUAUUCUGUUUUUAAAUAAAUUGAUGGUUUAAAUUUUA